CCAGGUCGCAGCCGCCGGUGAGAUCGUGUCGCGGGCGGACUGGAGCAGCAAAAGCCGCGUGUGAAUGAGCAGCUCCACCUGAGGACCGAGAGGGGCGAGACCGACCGCCCCGUCCCCCCCGCCGACGCGCAGUGUGGGAAUCCGGAGGAUAUCGAACCGGGCUGAUCGCCGCCGUGCAUCGCUGCCCCUUUCCCCGCUACAACAAGAGUGCCUCUCUGCCGCCCCCUGGUGACCAUGCAGGGUCUCUGUGCCGUGGUCGUGGCCCUGGCCGCUGUCGCCCUCAGCUCGGCGGACUCGAACACGCACAGACACAGACACGACUCCAACCUGGAGAUCUACAAGCGGCUGUUUGAGACCAAGAGGAAGGAUCAGCUGAACGCGCUGAAGAACCUGGUGGAGCUGAACGACAUCAACCAGCAGUACAAGAUCAUAGACAUCAUGCUCAAAGGACUCUUCAAGGUGUUGGAGGACUCGAAGCAGAUCCUGGUCAUGGCCAACAUGCAGCCAGACGACCCCUUCCCCAUGGACGACAAGAUCAAGGAAGCUUACUCCCAUGUGGUGGAGAACACGGCGUUUUUCGGCGACGUGGCGUUGCGUUUCCCCCGGAUCGUCCACCACUACUACGACCGGAACUCGGACUGGAGCGGCCUGCUGCGCUGGGGCCUGAACUUCUGUAACCAGACGGGGGUUUUCACCGGAGGAGCCCACCAGCAUGUCCUCACUCUUAUGUCACAGGAGCUGGGAAUAAUCGAUAAGACGCCAGACUUCUUAAACCCGUACCGCACAGAGAGAGACGAUGUGCUUCACACAGCCGAGGCUUUCCAGAAGAUCCUGAGGGAGGAGGAGAAGAGGAGGAGGAAGGAAGAGAAGAGGAAAGAAAUCAGGAAAGGGCCUCGUAUAUCACGCUCUCGCACCGAGCUAUAGCGCUGCACCUCGGCGCCUGUGCAGAGCGGCAAGGAGGAGGAGGAGAAGAAGAAGAAGGAGGAGGAGGAGAGGAAGGAGCUUCUGCACAGUCCAUACAGCUUGACCUGUAGACUCAGAUGACAGUGACGGAAAUAAAAGCUGCCGUCACUGGUACACCAGCCUGGUGCUCUGUUGUGAGGAGGAGAGGAAACCCCAGGUGGAUGUUGGUCUGACGAGGGUCCGGGUCGCUGUGCUCCCACACGCAUCUGUAAUCGGAAAAUCUGACGCGAUGUAAGAGGUCAAAGGUGAAACGGGAGUUUUAAAAACAAACGGGGAAACUCAUUUUUGAUAACUUGACGAUUACAUUAUUGUACUUUGAGAAUAUAAGAAAUUUCAAUAAAUUUAGCUUCAGAUCUUUGCAAACCCCCCCAGUGUUCCGUGUCCAAACUGCUUUGAAUACGCGUGGCUGCCAAAUAUCUAUAAAUAUUUGACCUCACCUCAUUGAAAUGAAGCCUGUGUCUGAAAAGGUUCAAUUUGAUGGAAUAAGAUGUUGUUUACAUUUGUCAAAAUUUCUUUGAAGUGAGAUUUGUUGCUGCUGCUCCGAGUUGUGAUCGCGUCUCUUACAUUUGUUCACUUGAAUCAUUCUGAAUCAUUUUUGUGGAUCAUCAGCCAUGUUUCCUUCACAUUGAUUCUAUUUGUGAUUUAUGUUCAGACCAAUCCCUGGAGUUAUUUUAUUAAUCACUUGUUAAUCAGAUUUUCUUUUCGUAAAGAUCCGUAAACGACACAGUGUGUGACUCCUCAUCCUGCUGCAGCUCCCUGCUCCCAUUUCUGUUUCUGUUUCUUUUUCUUUAUCAUUAUUGUUUCGUCUUCGCUGGAAAUUGGUAAUAAAAUAGUUUAACGACUGUUAACAGACUAUAUGUAUAUUCAGAGACAAAAUAUCACUGCUGCAGAAUGAACAAGCCAUUUUGUUAUCAGAUGUAAAGAAAUAAAGUGACUCUGAUAUGUAAAA